GUUUGUAUUGUUUAAUUUUUUCAGUUAUAAUGGUGUCAACCCGAGGAGUGAGGGUGAAGUUUAGCGAGGGAGAAAGAGUCCUUUGCUACGAGCCAGACCCAACCAAGGCUAAGGUACUCUAUGAUUCAAAAGUCCUCGAAGUAGUAUUCAAUAAAGAUGGUAAAGGGCGAAAGCAAAUUGAAUACCUAAUCCAUUUUCAGGGGUGGAAUGCAUCUUGGGACCGUUGUGUUUCUGAAGACUUUGUGCUGAAAGAUACAGAUGAAAACAGAGAUUUACAGAGACAGCUUGCUGACAAAGCCCAGAUAAAGUUGUCUAUGAAAUCAAAUAGAGUGCUGAUAGGAGGACCGCUGUACAAAGAAAGAAAGAGAAAGAGGAGGUUAUCAGAAACAAUACGAGAAACGAUUGAAAAAGAGAGGCGAGAGAGGGAGCAGCAGGAGGAGUCAGAAACAAGUUCACAGCUGCUGGACCUUCCAACAGAUAAGACAGCUCUGAGUUUAUUAGAAAACUACGUCAAAUUUUUUGCUGUCCGUUAUUUAGCCCGAACAAAAGAAAAGAGAAGAAAUGAAAUUAAAGAGAAAGACAAGUGUUUUCUUACCAGAUUGGACCUAUGUAAGGAAGUAAUGGACGGUAUUCGCAUAUGUUUCGAUUUCCACAUUGAAACUCUUCUUUUAUAUGCCAAAGAGCGUAGACAAGCAGAACGUCUUAGAACUGCACAGCCAGUAUAUAGUAAAGGAGAACUUGAUGGAUACGAACCAAUGUUAGUUGAUGAAAAAGAUGCUUCAGAGAACACGUCAGUGCACAAGGAUGAAGGUGAUACGGAAGAUUCAAAGGCAAAAGUGGAAGCUUCCCAAAAGGAGGAGGAGAAAAAUAAAGUUGCAGACUCCAUUGGUCAUCGCCUGUUAAGAUCAAAGAGACCUCCAUCAGGGGAUUCAAAUACUGUAGUGGAACGUGAAAAGAGUGCAGCAACCAAUAUGGCAUGUGAAUCUGGACGUAGCACUCCUACAACUGUUACGUCUGGCACCAGCACAGCUGGAGUGAGUGGAAGUGCUGGAACCAACAUUAGCACAUCGCUUUAUCGAGGUAUCCCACCACAACUGCAAGACUGGUCUUUGCUUCCUGAAUCUCAUCAUGAUCCUCCUCCGCCAUCCAUUAUCUAUGGUCACACCCAUCUCUUACGUCUUUUUGGUACAUCAGUAAUCAUAGUGAUGAACUCUUCUUGGAGUCACAGUACAUCAACAAUCCAGACAUGUAGCCUGCUUCAAAAUGCCUCCAAAAGUCAUUAUACUUUUCUGCAAUGAUCAUUCAUGAUGUCCCACUUGACAUAUUUAAGGUUUAAUCUGUAAUGUGAAUGCUGUAGUUGGAAGGUUUUUAGCAUUGCAUAAGCAAAUUUUUUGUCCUUAACUUUUAAAUUUUUCUCUAAGGUUUAUCAUGUUAGUAUGUAAUCAAAUCUUAUGUUCACUUAUAAUGAAUUAUUUUUGUUCAGGUAUAGUUAUUUUUUAAAUAUAUAAUGAAUUUGUGUUAAACCUCUGUACUAUUGAAAAAUGGGUAGGGUGACUGGUUCAUUCCUAGUAAGAUGAGAUUGCUUUGUAUAUUUAUAAUAUGGCUGUGUCAGUUAAGUCUUUAGCAUUCUUUCAUCUUUAUUUUGUGUUAGAUUGUGUUCAAAAUGUAGAAUGUUUUUUAUAUAAACUUGCAUUUCCAUAUUUGUUAUGUGUGUGAAGUAUUUGUUAAUUUGCUAAUUAAUAUUUUUUACUUUAAGUUGUCAUAUAAAUUAAAAUAAAAUUAUGAUAAUACCU